AUGGCGUCCGCCGCCGACCUCGAUGGACUCGUCCUCCUUCGCCAAUCCAUCUCCUCCAACGCGCCCUUCAUCCCCACAGCAUCAGCUGAUGCUUCUGCGACCGAAGUUCCUCUAUCCCAGGCGACGUACUUGCGAUUCCCCGAUCGGGAUGUCGCCGUUCCCAUCGACAACCCGACGCGCUUUGUGUCGCAAGACAAGCCUGUCGACUUGCGCAGUAUCUACUUUGCUUGGCUGAAUCGCGAAGUCGCUAUUCCUGAAUACAAUGCUUCCGCGACAAAGCUCAACGAAGAACUGGCAGCCGCUGGUGGCUCGGGGAAGGUUCAAAAUUUGGGUUUCAUUGAGCGUCUGGAUCUGAUUACUUGGCUCGAGGGUGCUAGCGAAGAGAGCGAGUACAUCAAGCCUUUGCCUAGUGACAAAGAUGCGACGGCUGCUGGCGCGACCACAGCUACGACGACGGGCGCAGUGACUUCAACUGCUCAGUCGCGAUCUGGUCGUGGUACUAUGGACCCGAGACUGGCUGGUAUCUACAAUAGCGAACGAAAGAUGGGCGAUCGCAACACCGUUCUAAGGGGCAUCAAACCUACGGACUUCUCCCAUGUUCGCAAACUUGCUGCGCCAUUCAUCCAGAAGAAAUACCAGUCUAGCUCCAGCAUUCCCACUAACCCAUCACUCGCCCUUAACCAAAAACCCCCUACAAGACGUCCAGACCCUAUUAUUCUUCUAUCUCCUUCUGCUUCUUCUUUGCUUCGCCUAUCAAAUGCUCGAUCGUUCCUCGAGGACGGCAAGUUCGUGCCUACUGAUGGAGGUGGUGCGAUGAGCAACAUGCUUCAUGUGCAGCGCAUCAUCCCCUCCAUUGACCCAAAUCGCCCAAUGCGCUUCAUUCUUGUAGAGGGUCCUGAAGCGUUCAAGCCCGAAUACUGGAACAGAAUCGUGGCAGUCCUUACCACUGGCCAGACUUGGCAGUUCAAGAACUACAAGUGGAGUGACCCUAACGAGCUCUUCAAGCACACACUGGGCGUCUAUGUCGGUUGGCGAGGAGAGUCAGCUCCGGAUAAUAUCCGCAACUGGGGUCACCGCGUCCUAUCUACUGGUAUUGACCGAUGGCGAGGAGAAGGCCACGACGCUUCACGAUUCCGUGAUAAGGAGAUCGUGGAGCAGAUCUGGAGGGCCAUUGAAGAGAACAUGCGAUACAGGGGUUGGAAAAAGGACAGGGCUCCCUCAUCGAUAUAG